GCCGCACUGGUGGUCCUGCCGUGGUCAGGGGAGAGUUUUGGGAGGAGUGAGGACCAGCUGGCUAGGCGCUGGAGGUUAGGUCGGCUGUGACGGCGCGUCUCCUGUGCGUGCUGCUCCUGUGCCGUGCGCGCCUCAGCCAGGGUGGUUCGGACGGGUCGGGGCUGUGGAGCCUGUGUAUCUCCAGAACCGUCUUCGAACCUCUUUGACCCUGUUCCAGAAUGGGGAAAUCUCUCUUAAGCCGUUUCUGUGGACUUUUGCCAACUGAAGGAGUUCUCUAACAAUUUUCUCUUGAAACCUGAGACAAUGGUAGCAUGGGGGGCGGGGGGUGGUAUUUAUUUAUUUAUUUUUCCCUCUGGGAUCACCUGAGGAGUGAGUAGUUGAUCUACAAUCUGUGGCUACUUUUGUCUACACUACAAGGAUUUGUACUUUUUACGACGGUUCCUGCAGCAGGCGCUGCAUCUGACCCAUACGGAAAUUAUAUGGGACAUCAAAUACCAGAGGAUUUAGAUUAAGCCAAGUCUUGAAAAACGUAUAAGAAAAGCAGGGAUUAUGAUGUCAGCCGGUUCUCCUGAGGUUCAGCGUUCCAGCAGGCGGACAUCUCAACAACGCUGUUUCUGACUAGAAGAUCGCUUGACACACUGAGAGAACUGUGCCCUACGAUGUGGUAUCCAGUGCAGCCCUCCACAGAUUCAUAGAUUCCAAAUUUAAAAGUAGACUGAGAGAUAAUGGAGCUGUUAAGGAAAUGUGAUACCAACCAUGCCUUCUGCCGUGGGAUGAUGCAUCAAAAGGUCCUCACAGAUAUGGGUCCCUUGAUCUUGGACUUCCCAGCCUCCAAGACGGCCUUAAACAUAAACAUGAAUUUAGAUUCUAUUCAUCGACUAAUUGAGGAAACACAAAUCUUUCGGAUGCAGCGGUCAUCGAUCCAAUCCCGCUGUGACCCGUCAGCGCCUGUGUCCUCCCCCAGGGACACGUGGACGCCCUGCCUGCCCCUCCCCGGGCUGCAGCCUCAGGCCCCCUACCGUUUCUGCGCGCAUCCACUGCACUCCAACGAGUGGGACGUGUGCGAGGAGCUGCGCCUGCGGGAGCUGGAGGAAGUCAAGGCCAGGGCUGCCCAGAUGGAGAAGACCAUGCGGUGGUGGUCAGACUGCACCGCCAACUGGAGAGAGAAGUGGAGCAAGGUUCGAGCGGAAAGGAACAGCGCCAGGGAGGAAGGGCGGCAGCUCAGAAUGAGGCUGGAGAUGACGGUGAAGGAGCUGAGCGAGCUGAGGAAGCGACAGGGCCCGUCCCCUGGGAAGGAGCCCCGGGACCGCAAGCUCCCUCCUCCGGCCCGGGACCGCGGAGAUGGACCUGAAGUUGGUUCCCAAACGUGUGAGCGUGUGGGAGAGCGCCUGCUGAGAGGGCAGUGCCGGGCCCCGGAGGCUGUGGGCAGUCAGGAAGAUGCCAUUAUUGAUCCACUAAGAUUAAAUGAGGAGAUGAAAUCCAAUCUAGAUAGUCCUGAUUUAUUUAAGAAAUGUGGUUCUGGAAAUUGUGCAAUGAAACCUGAGCUAAGACUACAAGCAAUAAAUCUGCCUUUGGAGAAUGACGUAACUGACAUGUCAACUUUGCAGGUGCAUUUGGAUGACUUCCAGAAAAUCCUUUGGAAAGAAAGAGAAAUGCGUGCAGCUUUGGAAAAUCAAGUGGAACGAUUAGAGUCAGCAUUGUCAUUAUGGAAACUGAAGUAUGAAGAACUGAAAGAAUUGAAGCCAAAAAGUGUGGAAGAGUUUGACAUUCUUCAUGGUCAACAUGAAAAUGAAAUAAAAGGAAUAUUAGGAGAUAUAAAAGAAGAAUCUGAAUCUCAAAGCAGCAAGGAUAGAGCUAUCUAUGAGCUAGAGAGACUGCAGGUUGAAAAUACCUUGGAGUGGGACAAGCGAGAAGUAAUUGAAGCAGAAAAACAAGGACUGCAGAGAGAGACUAGAAGGCUGAAAGUCCAGGUCAAAGAAAUGGAAGAGAUACUGGAUGGGAAACACAGAUCAAGUGCAAGCACCCAAGGCCCUGAUUUCAACACAUCACAAAUGGAACUGCAGGAAAAAAGCAAGGAACUGUUGGACCUUCAGCAUGCCUACUACAAACUGAGCAGACAAUACCAGGCAAAAAUGGCAGAGCUGACUCAUGCAAACCACCUGGUAGAUCAACACGAGGCGGAAGAAAAGAAACUGAGAUUUCAAGUGGAGGAGUUGAAACAGGGACUCAUCCAGAAAGAAGCCGAGCUUGACGAUUCCCUGAGUCAGAUCCGAAAGCUCCAGAGAUCUCUGGAUGAACAGAAAGAAACAAAUGGAAACCUGGAGAUCGAAAUCAAGCACUUACAAAACCGAGCAGGAAGUUGGAAGUGGAAGAAAACUGUGCCCUAAAGUGACCUGACAGUGCUGCGGACAUCUCAUUGGCCAGAUAUUUGUCAGAACGCCACACAUAACAGCAGUUAUGGAGUGAGUCUGGAAACUCUAGUUUCUAGUAGUGAGUCUGGAAAUUCUAGUUGUCUGUUACAGGUGAAAUGUACAGAACUGAAAUUUGGAAUAUGAUUACUAAAGAAGAAAAUGGAGGUGUUUCUGACAGAAGCAAAUGUAUCUCCUUUUAGUAUUUGAUACUUGGUUCAUAAUAAUGAAUGCAUUCAUAUGCAUGAACCUAUAUAUGCAUAUGAUAUAAUAUGUAUUUAAACACAGAUAUAUAUGAUAUAUUUUAAUAUGUGUUAAUCUUAAUGGUAUA